AUGAAAUAAAAGCAGAGAUAGAAAAGCAGAGGCUUGGCGCUGCUGCACCACCAAAGGCAAACUUCAUUGAAGCCGACAAGUAUUUCCUUCCGUUCGAGCUAGCCUGCCAGUCUAAGUCCCCCCGGGUGGUCAGCACAUCCCUCGACUGCUUACAGAAACUCAUUGCAUAUGGGCACAUCACUGGCAAUGCCCCGGACAGUGGAGCCCCCGGGAAGCGGUUGAUCGACAGAAUCGUUGAAACCAUUUGCAAUUGUUUUCAAGGUCCUCAGACUGAUGAAGGGGUUCAGUUGCAAAUAAUUAAGGCUCUUCUGACCGCAGUGACUUCCCCUCACAUUGAAAUCCACGAGGGCACUAUCCUGCAGACAGUGAGGACGUGCUACAAUAUCUAUUUGGCCAGCAAAAAUCUCAUCAAUCAAACCACUGCCAAGGCUACCCUUACUCAGAUGCUGAACGUCAUUUUCACCCGCAUGGAAAACCAGGUGUUGCAGGAGGCUAGAGAAUUGGAAAAACCGAUCCAGUCAAAACCCCAGUCCCCUGUGCUUCAGACUGUAGCAGGAUCUCCAAAAUUCAGCCGUUUGAAGCCAAGUCCAGCUCAAAGCAAACCAGCUACUCCUGAGAAAACAGAUUUAACCAACGGUGAACAUGCCAAUAGUGGUUCUGGAAGAGUAAGCUCAGAAAACGGAGAUACAACAACGGAGAGAAGACUCUCCCUGUCAGGGACAGAUGACGGAGCCCAGGAGGUGGUGAAGGACAUCUUAGAAGACGUGGUCACUUCUGCAAUUAAAGAAGCAGCAGAAAAACAUGGUCUGACAGAACCUGAGAGGGUCCUCAGGGAGCUGGAGGACCAGGAAGGUGCUGUUCCCCCCGGAAUGGAUGAAAACUCACAGACCAAUGGCAUAGCGGACGACAGGCAGUCCUUGUCUUCAGCAGAUAAUCUGGAAUCUGACACACAUGGACAUCCAGUGGCCGCUAGGUUCUCUCACAUUCUGCAGAAGGAUGCCUUCCUUGUGUUCCGUUCCCUGUGCAAGUUGUCCAUGAAGCCCCUCGGUGAAGGCCCCCCAGAUCCGAAAUCCCAUGAGCUGCGUUCCAAGGUGGUUUCCCUGCAGCUGCUCCUCUCUGUGUUACAAAACGCUGGGCCCGUCUUCAGGACCCACGAGAUGUUCAUCAACGCAAUCAAGCAAUAUCUCUGUGUGGCCUUGUCCAAAAAUGGCGUCUCUUCAGUGCCUGAUGUCUUCGAGCUCUCCCUCGCCAUUUUUCUUACUCUUCUUUCAAACUUUAAAAUGCACUUGAAAAUGCAGAUAGAGGUCUUUUUCAAAGAGAUUUUCCUGAACAUUUUAGAAACAUCAACAAGUUCUUUUGAGCACAGAUGGAUGGUCAUCCAGACGCUGACGAGGAUCUGCGCAGAUGCCCAGUGUGUUGUGGAUAUUUAUGUCAACUACGACUGUGAUUUAAAUGCUGCUAACAUUUUUGAGCGCCUUGUAAAUGAUUUAUCAAAAAUUGCUCAGGGAAGAAGUGGACACGAGCUGGGGAUGACACCUCUGCAGGAGCUCAGUCUGAGGAAGAAAGGCCUGGAGUGCCUGGUGUCCAUCCUCAAGUGCAUGGUAGAAUGGAGCAAAGACCUGUACGUGAACCCCAACCACCAGACCAGCCUUGGUCAGGAGCGGCUCAUCGAUCAGGAGAUGGGGGAUGGGAAAGGCCUCGACAUGGCGAGACGGAGCAGCGUGACGUCCAUGGAGUCCACAGUGUCCUCAGGGACCCAGACAGCCGUCCAGGAUGACCCGGAGCAGUUUGAGGUCAUCAAGCAACAAAAGGAAAUCAUUGAGCACGGCAUCGAGCUAUUCAACAAGAAACCGAAGAGGGGGAUCCAGUUUCUUCAGGAGCAGGGCAUGCUGGGAACAUCAGUUGAAGACAUUGCCCAGUUCCUGCACCAGGAGGAGCGCCUCGAUUCUACCCAAGUGGGCGAUUUUCUGGGAGACAGCACAAGGUUCAACAAGGAGGUGAUGUAUGCCUACGUGGACCAACUCGACUUCUGUGAGAAGGAGUUUGUCUCGGCCCUGCGGACCUUCCUAGAAGGUUUCCGCCUACCCGGAGAAGCCCAGAAGAUUGACCGGUUAAUGGAGAAGUUUGCUGCAAGAUACAUAGAGUGCAACCAAGGGCAAACUCUGUUUGCAAGUGCCGACACUGCGUAUGUCCUAGCAUACUCCAUUAUCAUGCUAACUACAGACUUGCAUAGUCCUCAGGUAAAAAAUAAAAUGACAAAAGAGCAAUAUAUUAAAAUGAACCGUGGGAUCAAUGAUAGUAAAGAUCUACCAGAGGAAUAUCUCUCAAGCAUCUAUGAAGAGAUAGAAGGCAAGAAAAUUGCAAUGAAAGAAACAAAAGAACAUACAAUCGCAACCAAAUCCACUAAGCAGAGUGUAGCUAGUGAGAAGCAGAGACGGCUUCUCUACAAUUUGGAGAUGGAACAAAUGGCCAAAACAGCGAAAGCUCUAAUGGAAGCCGUGAGCCACGCCAAAGCACCGUUUACCAGCGCCACCCACUUGGACCACGUGCGACCGAUGUUCAAACUGGUGUGGACACCACUGUUGGCUGCUUACAGCAUUGGACUGCAGAACUGCGACGACACUGAAGUGGCCUCCCUGUGUUUGGAAGGCAUCCGCUGUGCAAUCCGAAUUGCUUGCAUCUUCGGAAUGCAGCUGGAACGAGAUGCCUAUGUUCAGGCUCUCGCUCGCUUCUCUCUACUGACAGCCAGCUCCAGCAUCACAGAAAUGAAGCAGAAGAACAUCGACACCAUAAAAACGCUUAUUACAGUGGCUCACACUGAUGGCAACUACCUUGGGAAUUCCUGGCAUGAGAUCUUGAAGUGUAUCAGCCAGCUGGAGCUCGCGCAGCUGAUAGGAACUGGUGUGAAAACCCGCUACCUGUCGGGGGCUGGCCGUGAAAGAGAAGGCAGCCUGAAGGGCCACACACUGGCAGGGGACGAGUUCAUGGGCCUUGGCCUCGGUAACUUGGUCAGCGGUGGUGUGGAUAAAAGACAGAUGGCCAGCUUCCAGGAAUCCGUUGGUGAGACCAGCUCACAGAGUGUGGUUGUAGCUGUGGACAGGAUUUUUACCGGAUCUACUAGAUUGGAUGGAAAUGCAAUAGUUGACUUUGUCCGCUGGCUAUGUGCUGUGUCCAUGGAUGAACUGGCGUCCCCCCACCAUCCUCGCAUGUUCAGCUUGCAGAAGAUUGUGGAGAUCUCAUACUACAACAUGAAUCGGAUCCGACUGCAGUGGUCCCGAAUAUGGCAUGUGAUUGGAGACCACUUCAAUAAGGUUGGCUGUAAUCCCAGUGAAGAUGUGGCUAUCUUUGCUGUUGACUCAUUAAGGCAGCUCUCCAUGAAGUUUCUUGAAAAGGGUGAAUUAGCGAACUUCCGUUUCCAGAAAGACUUUCUAAGGCCCUUUGAGCAUAUUAUGAAGAAAAACAGGUCUCCAACCAUCCGAGACAUGGUGAUUCGCUGCAUUGCCCAGAUGGUGAAUUCCCAGGCAGCCAAUAUCCGCUCAGGCUGGAAGAACAUCUUUGCUGUGUUCCACCAGGCAGCCUCUGACCAUGAUGGGAACAUCGUGGAGCUGGCCUUUCAGACCACGGGCCACAUUGUCACAACAAUUUUCCAGCACCACUUCCCUGCAGCCAUCGAUUCCUUCCAGGAUGCUGUGAAGUGCUUGUCGGAGUUUGCCUGCAAUGCUGCCUUCCCAGACACCAGCAUGGAAGCUAUCCGCCUCAUCCGCUUCUGUGGGAAAUACGUCUCGGAGAGGCCUCGGGUGCUACAAGAAUACACAAGUGAUGACAUGAAUGUAGCUCCUGGUGACAGAGUCUGGGUCCGAGGCUGGUUCCCCAUCCUGUUUGAGCUCUCCUGCAUCAUUAAUAGAUGCAAGUUGGAUGUACGGACAAGAGGACUCACAGUCAUGUUUGAGAUCAUGAAGAGCUAUGGCCACACCUUCGAGAAGCACUGGUGGCAGGACCUGUUCAGAAUCGUGUUUCGGAUUUUUGACAACAUGAAGCUCCCUGAACAGCAGUCAGAGAAAUCUGAGUGGAUGACAACAACUUGCAAUCAUGCACUUUAUGCCAUCUGUGAUGUGUUUACCCAAUUUUAUGAAGCUUUGAAUGAAGUUCUUCUUUCUGAUGUAUUUGCCCAAUUGCAGUGGUGUGUAAAACAAGAUAAUGAACAGCUGGCUCGAUCAGGUACAAAUUGCUUAGAAAAUUUAGUAAUAUCCAAUGGAGAGAAAUUCAGUCCCGAUGUCUGGGAUGAAACGUGCAACUGCAUGUUGGACAUUUUCAAAACAACCAUCCCUCACGUUUUGCUGACAUGGAGACCCGUAGGAUUGGAGGAAGAUUCAUCAGAAAAGCAUUUGGAUGUGGAUCUGGACCGCCAGUCUUUAAGCAGCAUGGAUAAAAAUGCCUCUGAGAGAGGCCAAAGCCAGCUCUCUAAUCCAACGGAUGACAGCUGGAAGGGUAGACCAUAUGCAAAUCAGAAACUGUUUGCCAGCCUCCUCAUCAAGUGUGUGGUCCAGCUGGAACUGAUACAGACCAUCGACAACAUCGUGUUCUACCCGGCGACAAGCAAAAAGGAGGAUGCAGAGCACAUGGUUGCUGCCCAGCAAGACACACUAGAUGCAGAUAUCCACAUCGAGACGGAGGAUCAGGGCAUGUAUAAGUACAUGUCUUCCCGGCACCUCUUCAAGCUGUUGGACUGCUUGCAAGAGUCCCACUCAUUUUCAAAGGCCUUCAAUUCCAAUUAUGAGCAGCGGACUGUCCUGUGGAGAGCAGGUUUUAAGGGCAAGUCUAAACCCAAUCUUUUAAAACAAGAAACCAGCAGCCUGGCCUGUUGUUUGAGAAUCCUGUUUCGAAUGUAUGUCGAUGAGAACCGCAGGGAUUCCUGGGAAGAAAUACAGCAGCGGCUUCUAAUUGUGUGCAGUGAAGCUCUGGCGUAUUUCAUCACAGUGAAUUCUGAAAGCCAUCGGGAGGCCUGGACAAGUCUCCUGUUGUUACUUCUAACCAAAACCCUCAAAAUAAAUGAUGAAAAGUUCAAAGCACAUGCCUCAAUGUACUACCCCUACUUGUGUGAGAUUAUGCAGUUUGACCUGAUUCCUGAGCUCCGAGCCGUUCUUCGGAAGUUCUUCCUCCGGAUAGGUGUUGUGUAUAAAAUAUGGAUUCCAGAGGAGCCAUCACAGGUACCAGCAGCACUGUCACCAGUGUGGUAGCCCUGGCCCCACCGACCUCCGCUGUAGAUCUACAUUCAUGAUGCCAUCUCUGACUGGCACAUCUCGUGACAGGUCACCCCAAAGCAAGGAGUUGGCAUCUUGGAUUUCAGAAUGGCCUACAUAAGAAUGGCCUCUAUGCUGCCCCAUCAAAGUCUCUGACGAAGGCUUGUGGUAUUUUAUUAAACUGUUGCAUAGCCAGUUAACACAGGUGGAGAGUCUGUUCCUCUCUGUCAUUCCAUUUUACUGAUUAAACUGUCAAAUAUGUCACUGCAAAUGCCAUUGUUUUCUACCAGAGUUUCAUGGUUGGCUGUAAAUGUUUUGUCAGAGGAAGUCACUCUCCUUGAAACACUGAAUAUAGCUGUAUUAGGUUCGUGAUUAUUAGAGAGUAUGUUAAUAAAAUUUCUUGUAAUGGCUAAGUGCCACCUAAAAUAUGCUGGACUUUUUGUUGUUGAUGUUGAGUUUGUUAGAGAAGUUUGAGUGUUUCUGUCAGUUCUGAGUCUGCUGUAGUUAGAUUAGUUUGGUGAAAGGUAGGGAAAAGAAGAGCUGUUUUUGGUGUUUUAUUAACAUCUGAGUGAUUUUUAAAGUAUUUUACAAAAAGAUGUUGAAGAUUUGAUUGAAGGCCGAGUUUAGUAAUUAAGUUAGAAUUAAGAGCUUGCAAGGUUAAAAAACAAAUGUAGUGCCUCGUGGCUCUCCCUGUUUUAGAAACUUGGGGAGAAAAAGUCUAGGAAAAAGUAAACCAUUUAAUGAAGAUGAUUAGCUUUCCUCAAAGUAAGUAUUUGUGGAUGGGUAUUAAGUUAAAAUUUCCAGAAUACAUCAUCCAUCUCACAAUUCUGAAACCUAAUAUAUGAAGUAGUGAUACAAAUGAAGUAGUAAUUUAACAGAGUUCAUUUAUCUUUGAGUCAGCUUUUAUUUUUACCUCAGAAGAGUUGAGUGUGCUGAUGAUUAGUAUUGCUGCUUUGCGCCGUCCCCAUAAAGGGUCCUUGAGAGAGGGACAGGAAUUGUGCACGGGAAGGGUUGCUCCUGUGAACCUCCGUGCCAGAUGUCAUAGGUGGAACCAGAGCUGUGACGGGGCCAGCAGCUAAACUAUGACAGUGGCAGGAGGUGGCAUGUGCCCAGCACUUCUGUUAACAUGAGCCUCAGAUUCUGGGGUCCUCAUUAUGUCGAUGAUGGUGCAAUAAUACUCUUGACUGCAGAGAAUCGAAUUCUGACGCAGCCCGUGUAAAAGCAGGCAGGUACAAGUCCUGGCUGAAGCCACAGCAGUGUACUGGAGGCUUAAUGUAAGCUUAGUGUACUCCGAGUCCGCGGAGAGAGAACAUGUGCUUCGUUCUCUGCCCUCAGCCACUGCUCUCCGAGAGCAGCACUGAGCGUUAGGAAAGCGUCAGUGUGAGGAAACAGACUUCUGCCUACACUCUUUAGUCUUGUAAACUGGGUUAUAUUGAUGUCAACUCUGGUGCCUUAGAAGUUAGUCAUUUGGGAACUUACCUGUAAAAUAGGAUAUUUUUUCUUUCUAGAGAAGGAUUUCUGGUGCUUUUGCUUGCUAAGAGACCAAUUUUUUGGUUAUAACAGACAUGAGAAAUGUUCGAUUUUGGCCCGCAGUACUCUACUUUUUUCUUUCCCAAAAGGUGUUUUAAUUUCUCUACCAAAGGGGAAAAAAAAAGCAACAGGUUUCGGUUUUCACAUUAUCGACAUACAUUUGUAAAGAGCUAUAUUAAUUUAGCAGGAAGGCACUAUGGGAGAAUAUUUUAUGGCGAAUGGAAAAUGUUAGCACAUUUGACUGACUGGCCCUGGAAACCAUGACAUCUCUGCAGUGUGCCCUGAAACUAAUGUUCUGAGCUUUACUUUCUGAUGUCGUGGCUCAGCACACCUCAACAAGCUGGUCAUCUCCAUGAACGUGUGAGCUGAAGAUAUACAAGGGGAGCACGUCUCCAUGCACACACAUCCCUGCUUGCUGAUGUUCCCUUUCCUCUGAGGUCCUCGUGUGGAUCUUCAUCAGAUGUGACGGCAAGACAUUUUUUGUGUAUUCCUGCUUUCUCUUUCAUUUCUGCCUCUUGGAGGGUAGGAAAUGUGGGCAUUUUUAUGAUGUGCUGAAACAGUCAGGCCUGAGUUUCUUUUUAAUUUUGUCUUUCAAAAGAUUAUUCUGAAUGAGACAUUUGAAUUGUACCAGCCACGGACCUUGUAAAACCUGGAUGUAAAACAUUCCAGCUAGUUUUCCUUGUCGGUGGAUGGUGACCGACAGAGGAAACCCUUUACCUCCGGUAAUAAGCCAUUCAGCCUGAAUUGUUUUCUGUGACUAAAUCUGUUCUUUCUCAUGGUAAUCACGGCUUAUGCCACGCAAACACAGUGAGAAGGGUGUGCACAGCUCCAGCUCCGGCCCACAGCAUCAGACCAGGACUCUAUUCAUUUAUCAAAGUUUUGGGGGAGAGUGAAGCAUUUUCCAAGGCCUUAUUUCUUUCUCAGAAUGCUUUAAGUGUUUAUAUGUGCUGGGUCUCUAGAGAAGUCUUUGUUAAAUAUUUGCUCUGAGCAAUUUUGUUUUGCUCCAUUGUCUGUUAGAGAAAUCACCAGCUUUGGCAUCUUAACAACAAACAGUGACUGGGAAGCAUCAU